GUCACGCUAACAAAGCAAGUAAAAUGAUAACAUUCUUGAUAAUGUUUUGCUUUUCUACGGAAUCAUAGUUAAAUAAAAUAUAUUGUACAUAUGCUUUGUUUAUUUCGGAUUAGUACGAACCCCCUGUAGUAUCAUAAUAAUUUUUUUAACUUCUUUCCCUAAGCUAUUCAAAUUUAUUGUCUUUUUGAAAAACUUUAUUUAGUAGGUAUAAUGAGUUAACAGAUAUUAAUGAUAUUCUUGAACUGUUAUCGGCGUUACCGCACUAUCACACAAUUGUUUGUUACCGAGGGGCCGGCCUACACGAGCGUAAUCAACAAACAACGCCGUUUGUCUUGAUAAGAACAAAUACCUAAAUAACAGUAUUAUUUAAUUCCCCAGUUGACGCAAUUCUAUCAUCAUGUCUUAUUUGAGGCAGAUGAAUAAAAUCUACACCAUUCUUAAGCUCCAAUAUACAGUAAGGUUCAACCAUGCUCAACUUAAAGAAGUUACAAGACAGAACAUCAACAAAAUUCUUAUUGCUAAUCGAGGAGAGAUAGCAUGCAGAGUGAUACGCACGGCCCGGAAACUGGGCAUCAGAACCGUAGCCGUGUAUUCUGAUGCUGACAAAUAUGCUAUGCAUGUGGAAAUGGCAGAUGAAGCUUAUCACAUUGGACCUGCAGCUUCAUCUCAAAGCUACCUGAAUGCUGGCAAAAUAUUAGAGGUAGCAAAAAAGUCCAACAGUCAAGCCAUUCAUCCAGGCUAUGGAUUCCUUUCUGAAAAUGUAGAAUUCUGUGAGAAAUGUGCCAAUGAAGGAAUUAUUUUUAUUGGACCUCCACCAAAAGCAAUAAGAGAUAUGGGCAUAAAAAGUACAUCAAAAGCAAUAAUGUCAAGUGCUGGAGUGCCAAUUGUAAGAGGGUACCAUGGUGAAGACCAGAGUGUUGAGAGGUUGCAGUCUGAAGCCCAGAAAGUUGGCUUCCCACUUAUGAUCAAGGCUGUGCGAGGAGGUGGUGGAAAGGGUAUGAGAAUAGCCAUGACAAAAGCAGAUUUCUUGCCACAAUUAGAGUCAGCUAAAAGGGAAUCAAUGAAAUCAUUUGGAGAUGAUAAUAUGCUGCUGGAACAAUACAUAACUGAUCCAAGGCAUGUGGAAGUACAGGUAUUUGCUGACAUGCAUGGCAAUGUAGUUCACCUUUUCGAGAGGGACUGUUCAGUUCAAAGACGUCACCAAAAGAUCAUAGAAGAGGCACCUGCUCCCGGUCUCUCAGAGGAAACAAGGCGUGCUAUAGGCGAGGCCGCCGUGCGCGCAGCCCGCGCGGUGGGCUACGUGGGCGCGGGCACGGUGGAGUUCAUCCUGCACAGAGCAACGCACGAGUUCCACUUCAUGGAGAUGAACACGCGGCUGCAGGUUGAGCAUCCCAUCACCGAGAUGAUCACUGGCACGGAUCUAGUAGAAUGGCAGCUCCGCGUGGCCGCCGGGGAGCCGCUGCCGGUGUCGCAGCCAGAGAUAGUACGACGCGGGCACGCGGUGGAGUGUCGCAUCUACGCGGAGGAGCCCGGCGCCGGAUUCUUGCCUAGGGCCGGCACAUUGCAUAGACUGAGACAGCCGACGGCUGAAGACAAUGUGCGGAUUGAGACUGGCGUGCGCGAAGGUCAAGAAGUGUCAGUCCACUACGACCCGAUGAUUGCCAAGUUGGUGGUAUGGGGGAAAGAUCGACAUGAAGCCUUAGCCAAGACCAGAGCAAAGCUAUCUGAAUAUCAGGUCGCGGGUCUAGAAACGAACGUGAACUUCUUGCUACGCCUGUCCGGCGCGUGCGCGUUCGUGUCGGGCGACGUGCACACCGCGUUCAUACCGCAGCACGAGGCCGAGCUGUUCCCGCCAACUGACGCCGCGGCGGUUGAGCAACGCGCCAUACAAGCGGCCCUUGGCUAUAUUUUGAAUUCUCAAAGAAACAACUCUUCUAAUGACAGUUGGAAAGGAAUAACCGUUGACGCAGCUGCAUGGCGACCCAACUAUCAGCUCAAGAAAACUAUUCCAUUACGCUUUGGUGAAAACGAUGUGAAAGUAACGAUCGAGUACGACAUCCUACCAAACACUUUCAACGUGCAAGUGAACGACGGGGAGUGGCGGCGAGUCGAGGCGGUGAUUCGUAGCACCGAGCACGGGACGAGGCUGUUCACGCUGAUCGGAGACAGGAGCGGGGAGGUCGGCUUUCUGACCUACGAUGAUGAAGUACACGUCUAUGAUGAGAAUGGUCAAACCGUGGUCAGAAUCCCUCGGCCGAAGUACCAAUCGCAGAGCACCACCGCCGCCGCGGCCGCAGACAGCGCAAGCUCUCCCACACCCGGGGUCAUGGAAAGACUUCUCGUUAAUGCAGGAGAUACGGUUGUAAAAGGCCAGCCCCUCUUCGUGGUGAUAGCAAUGAAAAUGGAGUACGUGGUGCGAUGUCCUCGCGAUGGCGUAGUGGCCGAAGUGGCCGAUGUCAAACAAGGCGAUUCCGUUGGAAAAGGCGCUGUUAUUGUUAAACUACAAACAGACAGUGCUUAAGGUUAUUAUUAAUAGUUAUUAUUGGACAGGGAUAUUUUUUAGUUUAUUAAAUUGGAUAAAGCUAGCUGGAAAUAGCUCUUAAUCUUUGGGAAAAGCAAUGUUGUUGCUCGUUAUACAUUAUUGAUUUAAUAUGUGAUAUUUACAUUAAAAACUGGUCUUUGUUGUAUUAUUACUCUGUUUAAAGCGAUUAAUUUUAAUUCUGUUGAUGCAAAUUGAAUGUAAGCGGCCACUUGAGCUUGAUAAAUGUUAAAAUUCUUUAAUACUGGCUGAUCAUAAAAUUAGUUUAGGUCUGGUGACAGCUUUGUGGCCGCCAUAGCUGAUGUGAUAAGGAAGGUUCGCCUCCAAAACUAUUGUUAGUGCCAGUUGAGGUUAAAGAAUACGUUUUUAUUAAUCAAUUAAUUAUUUAGUACUGGCUGGCCACAUUUUGUAUGUUAAUUUUUUUUUACCUAGUGUGUUGUCGGUAUACCGUAUAACGGAUGGGUGCGUGGUGUAGUGCCUUAGCUGCCAUUAAGCAAAAGGGGUUCCAUGUGUGGCUUUACUUUGUAACUUUUUACGGUGCAUUAAUGGCUAUGUGUGUAAUAUUUACAUUUAUUAUGAGGAACAAAGUGUAAAUUAACUGAAACUGAUAUGAUGACUAGAAUUUCACCUAUUAAUAAAAUAUUAUAUGCUUACGUUAAAAUGUUAUGUUUCACGCGCAUAUAUAUAGGUUUUUACUUUGACCGUUAAAUAUUCAGGGAAAUUACUAGUCGAACAUUGUUAUUGAAAUUUAUAUAAAAACGAAUUAUGUAUAAGUAAUUUAAUAUAGGUAUAUACAUUUAUUCAAAAUAAUGGCAUUCCCUUGGCGUUUUCUUACAAAUAAUUGUUAUAUUCUUAUUGCCCGUUUUGUACUUUUAAUUAUUUUAUUUUGUCACCAAUUAUGUUUAAACAUUUAGAACUUUAUUACAGUUGCGAUUGUCUUAAUUUUUAUUUAUAUUAAGUUGUUUUUACACGAUUUACAUUCCUAUAGUUGUAAGUUAACAACUUGUCAAUAUACAUAGUUUUCAUACAUGGAUGUACCUAAGAAAUAUUUUUUAUAUAUUAUCAUGCGAUUCUCAACCUUGUUUACUUACUUUAUUAUUAUAAAAUGAUUGAAACAGUUUUUAUGAAAUAACUGAAAUUUUU